AUGAACACGACGGAGCAUCCUGGUCUGAGCCAAGGCUUCCACAACUGGAGCCAAACGGCGUCUCCACUGAACAAGGACUUCUCCUCCCACGACAAGGACUCGUCGGCCGGAUGCUACGAGCAGCUGCUGAUCUCCACCGAGGUCUUCCUCACUCUGGGCAUCGUCAGCCUGCUGGAGAACAUCCUGGUGGUUGCUGCCAUAAUCAAGAACAAGAACCUUCACUCGCCGAUGUACUUCUUCAUCUGCAGCCUUGCGGUGGCUGACAUGCUGGUCAGCGUCUCCAACGCCUCUGAGACCAUCGUCAUCGCGCUCAUCAACGGAGGCAACCUGACCAUCCCCGUCACGCUGAUUAAAAGCAUGGACAACGUGUUUGACUCCAUGAUCUGCAGCUCCCUGCUGGCGUCCAUCUGCAGCCUGCUCGCCAUCGCAGUCGACCGCUACAUCACCAUCUUCUACGCGUUGAGAUACCACAACAUCGUCACCCUGCGGCGGGCGAUGCUGGUCAUCACCAGCAUCUGGACGUGCUGCACCGUGUCCGGCAUCCUCUUCAUCAUCUACUCGGAGAGCACCACGGUGCUCAUCUGCCUCAUCACCAUGUUCUUCACCAUGCUGGUGCUCAUGGUGUCGCUGUACGUGCACAUGUUCCUGCUGGCGCGUCUGCACAUGAAGCGUAUCGCGGCGCUGCCGGGCAACGCGCCCAUCCACCAGCGAGCCAACAUGAAGGGCGCCAUCACCCUCACCAUCCUCCUCGGCGUGUUCGUGGUGUGCUGGGCGCCGUUCUUCCUCCACCUCAUCCUCAUGAUCACGUGCCCGAGGAACCCGUACUGCACCUGCUUCAUGUCCCACUUCAACAUGUACCUCAUCCUCAUCAUGUGCAACUCCGUCAUCGACCCCAUCAUCUACGCCUUCCGCAGCCAGGAGAUGAGGAAAACCUUCAAAGAGAUUUUCUGCUGCUCUCACGCUCUGCUGUGCGUGUGA